AUGAUCCUCCCCCGCCGCUGCACGAACCUUCACGGGUGCGGGCACAUCCCCCCGGAGAAGAAACCCAUCGUCAUCGUCGUGGGCAUCAUCGUUGGCUUCAUAGUUGUAGCCGUCUUUCUCUUUAGCUGCUUUGGCGAUCGCGGGAAGAAAGAAGGAACGAACACAACGACAAAUGCGGGGGAUCAACAACCGUCAUCGGGAACGGCAGGUCUGGAGACAACCGGCGGCGGCGGUGACGGGUUUAACGAUGCUCAGAGUCAGGGACCGCCGCCGCCUAUGUACGAGGAGACGCCGCCGCCGCCUACUUAUCAGAGGGAUGGUGAUGGUGAUUAUGCUGGGGCGCUGCAGCCGCCGCGGAUGAGGACGGGGGAGAUGGCGCCGAGGUAUGCGUGA